CGUCGUCAAUCGGUCAGUUUCACCGCCAUGCCUCCCGGCGUUCUAGUCAACGACAGUCGCAGCAAUUCCACCGACGAUAUACAAAUCGCGUUAGCGCCACACAUACAAACCUACCUAAGUCAAACAGGGCGUCGGCAUUCCUGCUGCAGCGUCAUGUUGCCGGUGGCGUUCGAACGCGCUGCAUCCAAAUCAUGGCUGGAUCCGAAAUUCGAUUCAGCUGUGCUGGAGGGACAAUUUCAGACCAGCGUGUUUCCGCACAUACGCAUGAGAUACAGAUUUGCGCUCUACUACAUUUUACUCUGCUCCCUCUCCUGGUUCCUGUACUUCCUGAUCGAUGGCGGCUCGGAGAAUUAUUGGCGUCCAAUUUCCAGCUCCUUCUCAAUGCUUUCACUCAUCACAAUCACCGCCAUGUGUUUCACGCACUGGGACAUGUAUCGUGCCUAUCGUACAUUUACGUCCGCGCUCACGGCUGUUGUGUUGUGCGCCUCCUCCUUGGCCUUUCUCAUCUGUACCGGCCGCGCUUUCAGUCCGCUCGGCCACUUCUCUAUUUGUCUAUCGAUCGUGCUACUCAUAUAUACGGCCCUCCCAAUGCCGCUAUGGAUGAGUGCCUUCAUAGCCGUCGCCUACUCCGCUCUCUUUGAGGUCGCCUCACACAUAGUGAUGGGCGACAGUGCCACUCAUGGCACCGCGAAUGAGAGUAAUAAUAAGAUUAUGCUGUUGCGCAUUUUACUGCACAUUUGCGUUCAUUUAGUGGGCGUUCAUGUGUUGGUCAUGAAUAUGGUACGCAUGCGCGGCAUGUUUAUGAAGGUGGGACAGAAUCUGCUUGUUCGUCGUCAGCUGGAGAUGGAGAAACAACUUAAGGAAAAAAUGAUACAUUCAGUGAUGCCACCAAAAGUCGCCGACAUGUUGUUGAAUGAGAGCGGAGCAGGCGGUAUUGAUACCAAAGAUGGCGUAAUCGAUCCAGAUUCCCACUAUGUGAGACCGCGCACUUCCAAUGACCUGAAAUCUUUAUUUCGUCCCUUCCAUAUGCACAGCAUGGACAACGUGAGCAUUUUGUUUGCUGAUAUUGUGGGUUUUACCAAAAUGUCCUCUACGAAAACGGCCGAGCAACUGGUAGAGAUACUCAACGACCUGUUCGAGCGUUUCGAUGAUCUCUGUACGCUGAGUGGCUGCGAGAAAAUCUCCACGUUGGGUGAUUGCUAUUAUUGCGUGUCUGGCUGUCCGGAACCCCGUGCGGAUCAUGCAAUCUGCUGCGUCGAAAUGGGUCUGGGUAUGAUCGAUGCGAUGCGUUGCUUUGAUGCACAGCGUCAUGAGGGGGUUAAAAUGCGUGUCGGCGUGCAUACCGGUACCGUAUUGUGCGGCAUCGUAGGCACUAGGCGUGUAAAGUUUGACGUCUGGAGCAACGACGUAUCCUUGGCAAAUAAAAUGGAGUCCACUGGUAAACCUGAGCAGGUGCACAUCUCCGAGGAAACAUCCAAAUUUCUGGGCGACGCUUAUCUACUCGAGGAGGGCGAAGAAGUUUUUGGUCAUCGCACUUAUUUUGUCGUUGGACGACGGAAAGAUGUAUCGCGCGCCAACAGUCUCAGUCCUAGCAUACCAACCAACUAUGAGGGUAGCCACCUGCAGCUGCCGGGCAUACCUGGCCAAUCUACGCCACUUUCGCUGAGCACGACAAAUAUUUCGGUCAUUCAUCCGAAUGUGCCGCCUGCUUCGCCUGUCGGGCAAUUAUCUUCUUCACUCAACCCCUCGCCCAUACUUUCGAUGCGUCCGCGUCUCACCUCGCUCAGCAUGAAGCUGCGCAAGAAGUCACAGAGCCGCGAGCGCGAUAUCGAACGAGGCAUAAUUCAUGCCGAUCCAAUGAGCGUGCCACCAGUGGUGGUGGUGCGCGAAAGACCAAAGAUCAUUAUAACGACAAAGAGUCUGCCCGGCAGCCUGGACUCCACAGAUGACCCGGACAAAGCGGAUGAUGGCCGCUGUAAUGGAGUUAAUGGCACAAAUGGCAGUGUAGAAAAGGCUCAUUCAGCGGAAGAAAAUGGACGCACGAAAAUCAAAUUGAAAGUUUGCAAAGUGCCACGCUUUUUCAAAAAAAUCGAGGAUAUUGUUAAGCAUACAGACAAAUCGUCAAAUGCUGAUAUUGGCAGUAGUGUGCCGAGCUCUAAAUCUGUGGCGGCCGGCACGGAUGAGACUGUUGCUUUCAUUGAACCGAAUGGCUAUCACCAGCUACCUGUGGUGAUUGAGUCAUCCAAGCUACCAUUAGUGUCACACACACUCGAAAUCCCGCAAAAACCAAUGCUGCACCAUGCCGCCACCUCUACGGGUAUCUCACACAAUUACGUACGAUCGCCUGAUGGUAGUUGCUGCUCACCAGGUCAGUACUCGAUGUUUGACGACAUCAUCGACAUUCGUUCGUACAUCAGUCAGUCGCGCAGCGAUAUCUCACCCUUCGGCCGCUCCGGUAGCUACCGUUCGCAAUGCGGACGCAGUGGAAAAUCAGAGACUUCGCCGUUGCCACGUCCACGCGCUUCCACUCUAACUUCUGCCACGGCCAAUAAAAGUAAAGACGCGCCCGCUGCGCAGCCACUAAUCCAUAGCGAAGUACCCUUAUCUUCCACACUCACAGUGACCGGCAAUCAUCAGGCUGCGCACUCACGCAAUUCAAGUAUUUGGCCAGAUGGUCUUAGUAUUUGUCCGUCGGCUACCUCGCGCAAAGAUUCAGGCAUUAAGAGCAAUUCGCGCCGCUCUUCAAUACAACAUCAAAUCUACGCGCUCAAUCAAACCGCCAUAAGUCAACAUCGUGUUUCCGGCUACUUCACCAGUUCGACGUCUAGCAUUUCGAACAUAGGUGAUGCCACAAUGUUGCCCCACGUGGCACUCCCACCGAUACCGCAGCCCACACCGCAAGUAACUGAUCCGCUGGCGGCCUGUCUGCAACAAUUGCGCAAACAGUCCGACCUUCAGUUGAUACGCUGUGUUCGUGACAACGCUAAAUCGCAACGGAGCUACCUGGUCAAGCCGCCGCUCAAGCGCUUCAGUUUGUACUUUAAAUCCAGGCAAAUGGAGCGCGACUUUCGCUCCAAAGCUCAUCGCUUUGGCAACGAGAAUGAGACUGAAGGACCUCCUACAUUGGCAACGCCACGCUACAAUACAUACAUCGACAUUUUCGUCGGCAUCGCAGUAUACUUGUGCAUUUCUAUAUCACUCUUCCUUAUGACUCCAAACACCGUUACACCCAGCUUUCGCCUGUGGGUCUCACUCUUCACAGUCUUUACAGCCAUACAAAUUUUCGCAUUAUUCCUUUUCACGCGGCAAAUGUGCCGGCGCCACAAUACACAGGCGCGCACGAAGGUCAACGAUACGGAAUCGUGCGCGGACCGCAUAUUCGAAGCCAUAUCCAGCUGGUAUCCCUGGCAUAUUUGCCUAGCUAUACUCAUGGCAAUGCCGGUAAUAUUGAUCAUUGCGAACUUCCUGCUGCUCGAUCUCAACUUGCUCGAAGCUUUCGAGUAUCACUACGGCUUCCUAAUCUUCGUCUGCAUUGUGCAUUUUUGCAACUUCACGCAGCUCAACUGUUGGGUGCGCAAUACUUUGGCACUAAUGGCGGCCAUGUGUUUCGUAGGCAUUGCCGUAAGUCAGUUAACAGUCUAUUCGAAUCGAACAGAUGCAGCCGAAGCAGCGGCAGUGGCACAACACGCAAAUGCCACGCGUUUACUUUACCCUGGCGCCGAGGGUGGAAAUUAUCUCAUCGAGGAGAUCAAGUGGUUUCAAGACUAUCAUGUGGAGAUUUAUCUAGAUCUACUGCUUAUACUAGUGUUGGUUUGGUUUUUAAACCGCGAGUUCGAGAUCGGCUACCGCCUAACCUUCUACGGCAAUGCUGUGGCCAAUCAGGAUAAAAUACGCGUGCAGAACAUGAAAAAUCAAGCAGAUAUGUUGCUGCACAACAUAAUACCAAAACAUGUGGCCGAGCAUCUGAAGAAUACCGCCAAAUACUCUGAAAAUCAUCACGAUGUGGCGAUCAUCUUCGCUUCCAUAGUUAACUUCAACGAAAUGUACGACGAAAGUUAUCUCGGUGGCAAGGAAUACUUGCGCGUUUUGAACGAACUAAUAGGCGAUUUCGAUGAGCUGCUCUCCCAACCCGAAUUCCGCUGUGUAGAGAAGAUCAAAACAAUCGGUUCAACUUUCAUGGCAGCCAGCGGUCUAGACCCCUCACAUCGUGGCGACAAGAACGAGCACAUACACGCUUUAAUGGAAUUCGCGAUAGCCAUGCAAGAGGUGGUGGACGCUUUCAACAAGGACUUGCUUGAGUUCAACUUGAUACUGCGCAUUGGGCUGAAUAUCGGCGACGUGACUGCCGGCGUGAUCGGCACUAGCAAACUGCAUUACGACAUCUGGGGCGAUGCGGUAAAUGUGGCAUCGCGCAUGGACUCCACAGGUAUGCCAAAUCGCAUACAGGUAGGCAAGGACUGUCUGCCCUUCCUCGAGGAUAAGUACGAGUUUGAACGGCGUGGCAGCGUUUACGUGAAAGGCAAGGACCACAUGGAGGUGUACCUAUACACAAUGCGCAAAGGAGAGGCUGAACAGAAGACAGAAGAAGAGAAAGUAGUGGACAAAUUAGACAGUGAAGAAGAGAUAUUAGCGGAACCGAACAAAAUGCUGAAAGCGGCAAACGGCGAAGUGACUGGGCGCGAAGCGAAUGAACUGUCGACGAAUAAAGAGGACACCUAA